AUGGCGUCUUCUUCGUCUACUCCCCUCACAGUGUCCCCGGAAGUCCUGGCCUUUCUAAGUGCAGUUCGUGCAGGAAAUCUUGGCUUACUCAAGGGAUGUGGGGCGCUUUAUUUUGCCGCUGCAGAGGCCAAUAUGGAAGUUUGCAAGUACUUGUUAGAGGAGUUGAAGCUUGAUGUGGACCCAAAAGAUGUUGAUGGUGAUACUGCUCUUCAUCAUGUUGCUAGAUCAGUGCAUAAUGAAACAGCAAGGUAUCUAAUAGAUCGAGGUGCCGAUCCUGCUAUAACUGAUGAUGGUGGUCUGACAGUAGUGCAUUACUCUGCUGGGUCAGGGAACGUCGAAUUGAUGAACUUUCUACUUUCUAAAGGGGUCGACAUUGAUUGUCAAAGCUCUUCUGGCAGCCCUUUAAUGUUUUCUGCUGACUGUGUCAGCAAGAUGCUGUAA